AGAUCUCUUGACAAAAAUCAUAACGUUUAUUGCUUAUAAAAGCGAAUACUACUAGCGCGGGCAGCCCUAAUAAAGGCGAGGGAAUUUGCUAUUAAAAUAUGGUGGUGAAAAGGCUGGCUAUUGACUUGAGCAGCAGCAGCACAGCAGCAGCAGCAGCAGGCUGAUUUAUUAUUUAUUGUUCUGUCCCACGGUCACGUGUUCGGGGCGCCCUAUCCUUGCGUGGACAAUGUUCACCGCGUCCAACUUGCAUUGAGCGUCCAGCCGGGUGCACGACGAGGAGCAAUAUCACGCAAUGACACGCCGCUUGCGCCACUUUGCGGGAUUAUAAAAGGAUUUGCGUGGUUCUUCUUUUUUUUGGGAGGGGAGGUUUUUUUUUCUUUUUCCUAUCGCCGUUGCCAUGUCGACGCUGAGCUACUACGCGGACGUCCCCGAGCUGCAGGAGGAUGUGCCGGCGAGGUUCCCAUCAACCGCAGGGGUGGAGCAGGCGAUGCUCGCCGAAUAUGGCGGACAGGAAGCUUGCCCUUUGCAGAAAUCGUCUAUUUUCGGCGCGUCUUGGGCUCCCAUCGCGGCGCACCCGCCCAACACCGCCGCCCCGACUUACAUCCAUCACCACUACACCGGCAGCGGAGAAGGCGAUGGCAUGUUCGCGCGCUCCUGGGCCCUGGAGCCCGUGUCCGCACCCUUGUGCCUGACCGGACUACCGACGACGGCCGCCAUGCAUUACGAGAUCAAACCCGAGCCCCUCAUUGGAAGUGGAGAGUGCACAACUUUGGAGACGCACACACCUCUUUUGUCUGACGCGGAGGGCGCCGCGGCCCUGGCGGAGGUCCCCUGCGAGAGCACGUCCACGUCCAAGCCGACCGUGGAAAGCCCCUCGGCCGCGGACAGGAGGGAGAUGGACGCCGACAACCCGUCGUCCAACUGGCUCCACGCGAAGCCCACCAGAAAGAAGCGCUGCCCCUACACAAAGCACCAAAUCCUGGAACUGGAGAAGGAAUUUCUGUACAACAUGUACCUUCCUCGGGACCGCAGAUACGAAGUGGCCAGACUGCUCAAUUUGACCGAGAGACAAGUGAAAAUCUGGUUCCAGAACCGCAGGAUGAAGAUGAAGAAAGACAACAAAGACCGGCGGAGAGACAGUUAAGUGGCAUAAUAAUACUGAUUCGAGCUGUGAGAGGGGUCGGUGGGGGUCCUACGGGUGUCUGUCCCUAUUAUUCUCAACUGUUACAUACGUUGUCGUCUAAAGUUUGUGUUGUUAACUAAUGUAGAAUGUUUAUUUCGUCUCUCUCAUGUGUGUUUUGUAAAGUGAACUAGGAGAUUUGUUGUGUUUUUUUUAAUGCAUGAAAAAAAAUCAUCGACUACCUGAAUGUUUUUCAGCUACCUAUUCGCAAUGUUUACAUUAAUUAUUAUUUUUAGAUGCUUUUUAGAUGUUCUCUUAUUGUGAAAGCAAAAUGCACAUUCAAAAUAAAUCGUCGGUGGUCAUUUUUGACAGUAUGUAGGGAAAUGUAAUGUGUAUUGUACAAUAGUCAACCAAAAUUGACCGCUCUUAUAGUGUAUUGUUCUGUUCGCCCAAAGACGUAUUUUAAUUAUUUCUAUAAAUAUUUACGUGACUGAACUGAAAAAAAGAAUGUAUUAAAACAUAUCAAAAAAGAAAAA